AUGACCUCUGCCCCGGCAGAGGCGGAGGCUCCCGGGAGGCCGCGCCGGUGCUCGGAGCGGGGCACAGCGUGCCCGCCCGUGGGGGCGGCUGUCACGCACAGGUGGCGAGCUCGCGUGGGUGCGGGAGCGCGCGGGAGCGCGGCGCUGCGGCUGCCCGAGCGCCGGUGCCGUGGGAGCGCCGGUCAGCGUGUGCGCGGCCGCUCCGUGCCCGGUCCCGCACGCGUGGGCACCCGGCCGCUCCGUGCCCAGUCCCGCACACGUGGGCAUCCCGGCCGCUCCGUGCCCGGUCCCGCACACGUGGGCACCCGGCCGCUCGGUGCCCAGUCCCGCACACGUGGGCACCCGGCCGCUCCGUGCCCGGUCCCUGCCUUCCCAGUCCCGCCGGUGCCCGGAGCACCUGCUGUGCGGGGCGGCAUCCCGCGGGUCCCGGCUCACACGGAUGCCGGGUCCCGGCGGUUCGGGGCCGCGGGUUCCGGCGGUUCGGGGCCGCGGGUUCCGGCGGUUCGGGGCCGCGGGUUCCGGCGGUUCGGGGCCGCGGUGCCGCGGAUCCCGGCUCACACGGAUGCCGGGUCCCGGCGGUUCGGGGCCGCGGGUCCCGGUUCACACGGAUGCCGGGUCCCGGCGGUUCGGGGCCGCGGGUCCCGGCUCACACGGAUGCCGGGUCCCGGCGGUUCGGGGCCGCGGUGCCGCGGGUCCCGGCUCACACGGGUGCCGGGUCCCGGCGGUUCGGGGCCGCGGGUCCCGGCUCACACGGAUGCCGGGUCCCGGCGGUUCGGGGCCGCGGUCUCUCGGCCGAGCUCUGCCCGGCAGCGCACGUGCAUCCCCUCCGCCCCUCCCGUUCCCCUUAAAGGGCCCGCAGCGCCCCGCUCGGGCCGCACGCUCGGGCCGCGCUCACCGCCGCCCGCUGCCUCCCCUCCUCGGGCGGUGGGUCCGCCCGCGGGGCACCCGUGCUCCCCCCAGGCCGGCGUUGGUUCGCUCCGCGGGGCGGGGCGGGGCGGCGGCGCCUCCCCCGACACGGGGCGCCGGUGGGAGCGGGGCGGGGAGCGCAGCGCGGGGGGAGAUAAGCGGCGCCGAGCGGCCGGGCGGCGCUGGAUGGAGGCUCCCGCCCGCCGGGACGCCCGCCCCAGCCUGGAAUGUCCUGGCGAGCCGCCGCCGAGCGGCACCGGCACCAGGACCGGGACCAGGGAGGGGGCGCGGCGGAGAGGUAACGCGCGCGCUUCCCGCCGCCGGCGCGCGCUGAGGGGGGCGCGGGCGGGCGCGCGCCGGGAGGGGCGAGCGCGGCUCCUCCGUGAGGGGCGAGCGCGGCCGGGGCGGCCGCAGGUGGCGGCGGCUGUCACCGCGCGGUGCCCGUCCCGCUCCGCGCGGUGCCCGUCCCGCUCCGCUCGGUGCCCGUCCCGCUCCGCUCGGUGCCGGUCCCGCUCCGCUCGGUGCCCGUCCCGCUCCGCUCUGUGCCGGUCCCGCUCCGCGCGGGGCCCGUCCCGCUCCGCUCGGUGCCCGUCCCGCUCCGCUCGGUGCCCGUCCCGCUCCGCUCGGUGCCGGUCCCGCUCCGCUCGGUGCGCGGGGCUGAGCCGGUGCACAGCGCUCCGGCCGGCGGGACGAGCCCUCCGAGCCGCCCCAGCCCUCCGAGCUGCCCGGCGCUGA